GUUUAUUUAAGAGACACAAACUACGGUUAGUGUUUGGGACUUUUUACUCUUCCAACGCGAAACUUGAAACUUACGCUUUUUUCUCGCUAGUUUUUGGCUCCAACAUCUCUCUCUCUCCUCGCACGCUUUUGAAAGAGAAUUAUGGAGAGUGAGAAGAAUCAGAUUAGUGAAGAAGUGAAAGAGCAAGUUGAAGCUGAUUCAGUUGAAUUUGGGGAUGUGAUUUACGUCAAGCUUCGAAGUGGCUCAUGGUGGCCUUCACAGGUUGUUAAUGAGAAGGCAAUCCUUCCAAGCCUAAAACCUAGCGGUCGUCGAUCGGGGGAUGUCCUUGUUCGGCUGUAUGGAAGCCAUACAUUCAUGAAUGUAAAUCCCACUAAAUCUUGUUCUGAGUUUGAGACGAUACUCAAGAAUAAUAAUGGGGAUCUCAGAAAAAUUCUCCAAGAAAGUCUUGAAAAGGACCUUCCUAGCUCAAAGAAGAAGUCAUCAUCAAAGGCCAAAGGAACACCAAGUAAAAAAACUAAUAGCAAGAGAAAACCCAACAAGAAAAAUGAGGAGCAGACUAAGAGCAAGCAUCAGAAACAAAAUAAGGCAUCGGAGGACAGUGAUCUGGGUAGCCCAAGUUGUCGUCUGGAAAGCCCCAAGAGUUGAGUUCUCGGAGGAUAAGAGUGAUGGAAAGCCUUGGUCUCAUUGCUCCAGCUGGUUCACCAUUCAUCAAAGAUAGGCGUAAAAUCCCAUGAUUAUGGGGAUGUAAAAUUGUAGGCAUGUGAAAAACUUGCAGAAAUGCAUUCGGUCUCUUUAAAUAGGAUAUGCUCAUUUAGUCAAAUUCCUUCUUAAGGAAUGUUUGAUCUGUAGUUUUGAAAUUCCUUAAUCAAGCACAUCGAUUAUUGUUUGGAAGUUUCGUAAUCUAGCACAUGGAUUUAAAUGGAUUCAAAUGCCUAUUUUCGGAUUCCUUAAGUUGAAAGUUCAUGGGAUAUAUGACAAUUGAGAAA